AUGGAGUUCCUGCUGCAGCCAAUCCGCGGAUCCGCUUUCUUGGAAGAGGCAGGAGAGAGUCUGGUGCCGCCGGUGGUUCCUGAACUGGGCUCUGUGGCGGUGGAGCAGCAUGUAGAAGACAUGGUGGUCGAGCUGCCAGUGGUGCAGCAGGAGAUGUCGUCCCAUGUGCACCAAUCCGCUAGCGGCCAUGCGCAGAUUGUGGCUGGACCGGCGUCGGGCGGAGUUAGGUUGGAGAGCUCACCGCCGUCGUCAGAGUUGUCCACUAGGAAAAUGACUCCGCGAGCCCCUGGGUGGAACAAGAGGUUGAGGAUUGGAGCUGCUGCCCCGAGUAGGCCACCGUGUCCAAACCGCAUCAGCGCGUUUGAGAAGGCUGUGCGGGGUUUUGCUGAGAACCCUACGGAGAAUGUUAUCACACCAGUUACUGGCACAACAUUUGACUCGGGGAAAGCAGGGGUUGAGAACACAAGAUCUUGUCGUUGUGAGUGUCCUGCUCUAAUUAGGCUGCUACGAGCUGAGGACAACGGAUGGUACAUUGCAGAGCAUAGGGAUACACACAACCACUCCUUGUCGCCUAAUUUCAGUGAGACAAUGCACUGGCCAUCUCACAAACACAUCGAUGUGUACACCAGAGAUCUUGUGAAGCAGCUGAGGCAGAACAAUGUGAAUUUGGCAAAGGUGUACAGCAUCAUUGGGGGUUUCUUUGGAUUGAUGGAGAAUGUUCCAUUCAUGAAGAGGUCAUUGCGUAAUCUGUGUGGGAAGAUAAACAGGGACCAUGCAGAAGAUGAUGUGAAGAAGACAAUUGAUGUGUUUGCCGAGAUAGGGGCUAAAGAUCCACACUUCACAUACAGGGUUCAAUCUGACAACGAGGGGAGGAUCAAGAAUCUGAUGUGGGCAAGCGGGAGCAGUAGGUUGCAGUACUCAUUUUUUGGGGAUGUCAUCACAUUUGACACUACUUACCGAACUAACCUGUACGACAUGCCAUUCGGGUUGUUCGUUGGCGUAAACAACCACUUCCAGAGUGUUAUCUUGGCAGGAGUGCUUGUGCGUGAUGAAACUGAAGAUAGUUUUGUAUGGGUUUUCUCCGAAUUCCUGCGAAUGAUGGGUGGCUCUCCACCUGUGACCAUACUAACAGAUCAGAACCGGGCUAUGGAGCUUGCAAUCAAGAACGUUAUGCCAAACACGACCCACCGGUGGUGCAAGUGGCAUGUCCUGAAGAAAGCGAAAGAGUCACUCGGUAGCUUGUACACAAAGAAAAGUGAAUUCAGGGCUGAAUUUUAUAAGGUGAUAAAUCACAUGUUGACUGAAGAUGAAUUUGAAAAAGGUUGGGAGACGCUGCUGGACAAGUACAAGCUGCGAUCUCACCAAUACAUGACAAACCUAUUUGAGAUUCGUAGGAAAUGGGCAAAACCUUAUUUUAAGGGCGUUUUUUGUGCAAAAAUGACUAGCACGCAAAGGAGUGAGAGUGCAAACCAUAUGCUAAAAAAUUAUGUCCCUCCUGGUUGCCCUAUGCACAUGUUUGUUCACAAAUACAUGAGGUUGCAAUUCGACCGGGAAUCGGAGGAGAACUAUGAAGAAAAACGAACGCGAAUUGGAAGGCCGUUGCUAAGAGCGAACCUUGCUGUGGAAAGACAUGCGAGCAAGAUAUAUACGAGAGCCAUGUUUGAACAGUUUAGGCAUAUACUUUAUGAAUGUGGACCUUAUCAAGUGGAGGAGGUGGAGAAACACCAGACAUAUAUUGCAAUCCACAGCGAAGCGGAGAAGAGAGAGAAAUGGUGCAAGGUGUCGUACAAGGUUACAAUGCUAGAUGGGGGCAAUGAAUUUGACUGCGAGUGUGGACAAUUUGCACACAUGGGCCUGCUGUGCAGUCAUGUGCUCAAGGUCAGUGUUAGAUUUAUUCGGGUUAAAGAAAUACCGGCAAAACAUAUCGUGAAGCGAUGGACAAAAGAUGCUAGAGAUAAACUUCCAGCUCACCUAGUGCAGUACCAAAAGGAUAGCAUGAAGAAUAAUCCAUUUUCAUAUAGGCACUUCACAAUGUACAUGCACGCGAUGGAAUUGGUGAGAUUAGGGGACACCAGUGUUGAUGCAUACAACCGUCUGAUGGAAUUGUUCAAAUCUAAUUUGACAGUAAUGCUACCGUUUGCGGAAGUUAGGGAUGGUCUUGGGCUAGAGGACAAGAUUGCAGACAAGGGCCUUGCAGUUGAUCAGACUAACCAUAAUGCAAUAGUUGGUGGACAACCUACUAACGCAGCGGAGAUCAAUGCAGAUCUUGCGGACAAUGACUCUAUGUCGAGGACAAGCAACCGUUUGGAUGGGCUUCUGGCACCAGCAAAAAGAAAAUAG